AUGCAGACCUGGUUCUGUGUGACCCUGGGGCUGCUCUGUCUGACACAGGCUGUGAGCGCCUGUCCUGAGUCCUGUAAGUGUUCCCAGAAGUCAGGACCUGGCAAGACCGAGGUAAACUGUCACAAAAGAGGCCUCCUCAGCGUCCCGUCCGGCCUGCCCUCCGACACCUGGAAUCUCAAACUGGGUGAGAAUGGCAUAACGGAUCUGAAAGCUGGUCUCCUUAAAUCCGUUCCCAAAAUCGAAAGCCUAAACUUGGAGCGAAAUGCCAUUAAAUUCAUCCAUGCGCAGGCCUUCUCCGCGGCAAAGGAACUAAGGCUGUUGAAACUCUACGGCAACCACAUCACAACACUUCCACCACGAGGACUCCAGGACGCCCGUAAUCUGCGCUUCCUCAUGCUGGGGCAGAAUGAGAUCGGAGCUUUGAGGCCGGACAUGUUUGCAGGGCUGAGAAACCUGUCAGAGUUGGACCUUCCACUCAACGCUCUCUCCAGCCUCAAGCCAAAUGUCUUCAAGCAGCUCAUUGCCCUCAAAGUCCUGGACCUCUCCAUGAACCGAAUCAGCUCCGUGUCGGCAAAGGCCUUCACUGGACUGAAGCAACUGCUCUUCCUCAACUUGGACAAUAACAGCAUAAAGAAUCUUCCAGUCAGUGUGUUCAAACCCCUGCGCUCGCUGGAGAUGCUGGUCUUGGACAAUAAUCUUCUGAGUACAAUAGCAGCUACGGUUUUGGACGGUCUGGUCAACCUGCAGGAGCUGUACUUGAGGAACAACGAGCUGGAGAGCCUUCCUCCAGGCUUGUUCAGAAGCACACCACACCUCUCUCAGCUGGCUCUCAGUGGCAACAAACUCAAGUCCCUGGACGGAAAACUGUUUACAUCUCUGACAGCCAUGCAGAAACUCCACCUCCAUGACAACCCCUGGCACUGUGACUGUAACAUCCAGUCCCUGGUGCAGUAUUUGGGCCAAACGCAGAGCUCCGUGUCCCCGUCCCUCCGCUGUGUGAGUCCUCCGCAGCUCCACGGCAAAACCCUAAACAGUCUGAAGGGCGACCAGAACGUUUGUCCGGCUUGA